AAUCAAGCUAUGCGAGUAAUCCGUGGGAGGCAAAGGUUCAUGUUUUGUUUCCCAACCAGCUCCAGACAGUUCUCGGUGUCGGUCCCAGCGGACAGGUCGCACGUUGCUUUGAUUCGCUACCAUUUAGUCGGGCAGUGAUGUUUUAUUACGUCGCGGUUCAUAGCAGUGUGGGAGAGCGAACGCGCGCGUAGCGUAGGUAAAACGUGGUAGUCGUGCUUUGCGUAUUUACGUACAUCUGACUUUGGCUGGCUAACUACCGCUGAUCCGGUCAGACACAUUUACCUGUUGGAGCCUCGUGUGUGCUGCAUACGCUUAAGGUGUGCGUGAUGGCGACUUGUUGAAGAACUUUAGCUGGGUUGCGCCUGGCUUUGAACGCGACUUCGCCGUCAAUGGGAAAGCUAUGAAGUCACCACAAGGCACGGAAAGUCAUAAAAGUGUUGAUCUUUGCGAGCCUAAACUCGCACCUGUGCGGGAGGUGCAUUGUGAAUAGUGAAAAAUUUAUUGAAAUUGAAGAAAAAUAGGGCCGACUAUUGAAUGCAGCCUUUUUAAAUUCCAAACAAAAAAUGGAACAGUGUAUAAACAAGUGUUUGCAAUGUAAAAAUAAUAAAAAGUAGGAAUGAAAAAUCUGCAUCAUUUGGCAAAAAAAAACUCGUUUUCAGUGAAGAGCAACAAGCGGAAAGAAGUUAGUUUACAAUAAAGUGGAAGCCGAAAAAGGAGCAAAGUAAUCACCAUUAGAUCAGCAGUAUUCGCGUUCGAAGCAGUCAGUGUCAGCCGUGUUGUGUUACGUUGAAUGGUGGAAGGCAUCUUCCAAAAGCAAUCACCAAGCACCCCACCGAAUGGGAGACUUGCUUGUCAUUUCCGCCGUGGAUUAUCUCCGGAAUCACGAAGCAGUACCGGCAGAUCGUUGUAUUCGAGAAAGUGCUUGAAAGCCAGAUAAAAAAGGAACGAAAGGAACGAGGAGUUGAAUAAAAAUGAAUCAUCCUCUGGAAAUCAUGGUUACCUUGCUGGCCGUGCUUGCUAGCACCAGUGCAGGAGAUUGCGGUGAAAAAUUCCGCGGAAAAUGCAGUUGCGGAAUACAAACUUACAACUACCAAACAAAAUACGUUGUCAAUUGCACUAACGAAGGAUUUCGAGAUGCUGCUGUACUUGAGUACAUUCCGUUACAGACAGAAGUGGUUAUUUUCACUGGCAACUAUAUCCAAGAACUACCUUGGAACGUAUUCGGUACGCUUAAUGAUCGACUAAACCUAACAAUUGUGGACAUGAGUAAUAACCACAUCCACGAAAUUCGUGGCAAAACUUACCACCACGUCCCGAACGUGCGUCGCUUGAUUCUGAACCACAACAACCUAAGCAUUUCCAGGUACGACGAUGAAGCAUUCAACUAUCACCACCCAAGAGUGUUCUCCAACUUUGUCAAUCUGAUGGAGCUGCACCUUACGAAUGCUUUCGCUGACAACACAUCAGCUGAGCUAUCUGCCGAUCUCCAUGACAUUUUCGUUAGUAGCAAUCUAACUAAAUUGGUCAAACUUCAUCUCGAGCAAAACGAAAUCGUCCAGUUUAACGACAAACGAGUGUUCUGCGAUCUGCCAGCUUUGCUAGAUCUACACCUCGGAGAUAAUUUACUAACGGAGAUAAACUUCAAUAUCACCUGUUUGAAAAGCUUGCGCUUCCUAGAUCUUGAGCGGAACAAAUUUGAAACAUUGCGACCACACGAUAUGAAAAUGCUCGAUUCGGUUCAAAACGAAAAAGAUCGAACAACUCCUUUUAUGGUCGAUUUCACCUUCAACCCGUUCCAAUGCGAUUGCGUCAUUGAUCCACUUUACGACUGGUUGCGCAGCACUAAUGUAACCGUUCGGAAUAGGGAAAACCUUAUGUGCUUCCGCAAAAGGCAUCAGGAACCCAUCCUGUCACUGAACAUGAAGAGGUGCCAAACCUUGCGGUCAGAAAAACACGAUCACACCGUAACUUUGGUAUUCGUGCUGGUCUGUUUGAGUUGUAUCCUGGUUGUACUGGUUGGUUCGCUGAUCUACGUGAGCAAGGACAAGCUGAAAACGUUGGUGACUCCGGUGGUGGACCACGUAUCGAAGAAGGUGCAGUACACAAGCAUCAAGGACGAGGACGCACCGGAACAAUACGUAUGAUGCAGCGCGUUGAUCCAGCGUGGACCCAGUGCUCCGCGGGUGGAACAUGUAUAGACACCGUCAAGAGUGUGAUCGCUAGCGGAACCACAGACAAGAUCUAAUCAUAUCGAAUGUUUAGCCUAGCUUAAGAAUCACGUUCAGUUGAAGCCAAUGCUCUGUGUAUAUAAGUGAAUGACAUGGUCGAGAAUACUUAAACUUGGAAAACUAAUACAACUAAUGCUUGAAGCAAAAUACAAUUUGAAAAGACAUAUGCUUAGUUCAAAAUAACAACCUUAUAGGUUUGCUAGUUAAUAAUGCAAGUUUUAACAAGUUUUCUAUUUCGUUAAGUUUAGAAUAUAGGAUAAUGUGACUAGAAAAAUAUAUACAAAAAACGUACUGAUCUGAGCAAUUGAUGUCUUAAAUAUGUAGAUAAUUGUUUUAAGCAUAUGAAUAUGUUCAAAGUUAAAUAAAAUGGAUUUAGAUAUGCCAA